AUGGCUGUCAGCGACGCGCUGCUCCCGUCCUUCUCCACGUUCGCGUCUGGCCCGGCGGGAAGGGAGAAGACUCUGCGUCCAGCAGGUGCCCCGAAUAACCGCUGGCGGGAGGAGCUCUCCCACAUGAAGCGACUUCCCCCAGUGCUUCCCGGUCGCCCCUACGACCUGGCGGCCGCGACCGUGGCCACUGACCUGGAGAGUGGAGGAGUCGGCGCGGCUUGCGGCAGCAGCAACCCGGCUCUCCUGCCCCGGAGGGAGACGGAGGAGUUCAAUGAUCUCCUGGACCUGGACUUUAUCCUCUCCAACUCGCUGUCUCAUCAGGAGUCCGUGGCCGCCACGGUGUCCUCCUCGGCAUCAGCCUCAUCCUCGUCCUCCCCGUCGAGCAGCGGUCCAGCCAGUGCGCCCUCCACCUGCAGCUUCAGCUAUCCAAUCCGGGCCGGGGGCGACCCGGGUGUGGCGGCGCCGGGCGGCGCGGGCGGCGGCCUCCUCUACAGCCGGGAGUCUGCACCCCCUCCGACGGCUCCCUUCAACCUGGCGGACAUCAACGAUGUGAGCCCCUCCGGCGGCUUCGUGGCCGAGCUCCUGCGGCCCGAAUUGGACCCAGUGUACAUUCCGCCGCAGCAGCCGCAGCCGCCAGGUGGCGGGCUGAUGGGCAAGUUCGUGUUGAAGGCGUCGCUGAGUGCCCCUGGGAGCGAGUACGGCAGCCCGUCGGUCAUCAGUGUUAGCAAAGGCAGCCCGGACGGCAGCCAUCCGGUGGUGGUGGCGCCCUACAGCGGCGGGCCGCCACGCAUGUGCCCCAAGAUCAAGCAGGAGGCUGUCUCCUCGUGCACCGUCGGUCGGCCCCUAGAGGCCCACUUAGGCACUGGACCGCCUCUCAGCAAUGGCCACCGGCCGCCUGCGCACGACUUUCCCCUGGGGCGGCAGCUCCCCAGCAGGACUACCCCGACCCUGGGUGCGGAGGAACUGCUGAGCAGCCGGGACUGUCAUCCUGCCCUGCCGCUCCCCCCGGGCUUCCAUCCCCACCCCGGGCCCAACUACCCUCCCUUCCUGCCCGACCAGAUGCAGCCGCAGGUCCCACCGCUCCAUUACCAAGGUCAGUCCCGGGGAUGCAUAGAUGGGGCUGGGGAGCCCUGCGUGUGCCGGCCGUCCGGGGCACACAGGAUGACGCUGACCCCACCUUCUUCACCCCUAGAGCUCAUGCCACCCGGUUCCUGCAUGCCGGAGGAGCCCAAACCAAAGAGGGGGAGACGGUCUUGGCCCCGGAAAAGGACGGCCACUCACACUUGUGAUUACGCAGGCUGCGGCAAAACCUACACGAAGAGUUCUCAUCUCAAGGCACACCUGCGCACCCACACAGGUGAGAAACCUUACCACUGUGACUGGGACGGUUGUGGGUGGAAGUUUGCCCGCUCAGAUGAACUGACCAGGCACUAUCGCAAACACACGGGGCACCGCCCCUUCCAGUGCCAGAAGUGUGACCGGGCAUUCUCGAGGUCGGACCACCUCGCCUUACAUAUGAAGAGGCACUUUUAA